CUGGGAUUCUAGUCCUUACGAGGUAAAUUUACAGUGAAGAUUAUUUCGCUGAAGAGAAUUUAUUUUGUAUAGGAAUUCGCCAGCACCGACAAAAGAAACGCUUUUGAAGCGUCAAUUAUGGCGCGAACCAUGUCGAUAGUGAAUAUAGCAGCUUUUGUCUGCUUGAUAGCACUAACAAGAGCUCAGGAUACGUCCCAUUUUUGUACAAAAAUUGAGAAUCGAGAAGAACCAUACAACGAAACUGUGUACUUCACUAAGUAUGUCACUGUUACUAUUAACUGUGACGAAAGCCUGGACGGUGACGUUUAUGUCAGCGAUUCGGGAGGUAACCAGUGUUUGUACAAAAGGUAUGUGGAAGUCCCACAAAUAGUGGGGAAAACCAGGGUAGUGCAGGUAACCACAGAAGUAUGCUGCGAAGGAUGGGAAGGCGUUAAUUGCAAUCAAGCCGUUUGCAGCAUAUCCUGUCAGAAUGGAGGCACAUGUGUAAAUCCAAACACAUGUGACUGUACAAGUACCGGCUACAGUGGCAGUUACUGCGAAUUACCCAUUUGUGACAACUGUCAGAACGGAGGUUACUGUCUAACUCCUGGGGUCUGCUCGUGUACAAGUGGUUGGGAAGGCACAACCUGUGAAAUUGCAAUAUGCAGUCCUAGUUGUAAGAAUGGAGGAGUAUGUGCAUUACCAAACCAAUGUAACUGUCCAUCUGGAUAUGAAGGAUACGAUUGUUCAGACAUGAUCGUCACCUGUAGUCAGACUUGCCAGAAUGGUGGUGAGUGCAUAGCAACAGACGUAUGCCAGUGUACGGAGGGAUGGGGAGGAGCUUGGUGCAGUGAACCAAUAUGCAACCCAGAAUGUGUCAAUGGUUUGUGUGAAGGCCCCAACUUUUGCCAGUGCUUCAUGGGAUACGAAGGGGAGCAAUGUGAAUUUGCUGUGGCAUUCGAUCAUGGCCAGAAUGUGUUCAAUUUUACUAACGAUGACUAUUUGAAUAAUACCGGAGUAUGCUCUGCCUGUUGCGGUUCACACAUCAGUACAUUUGACCACCGCGCCAUCAUCUUCCCCGGCAAGUGCCUUUACACAAUGGUUUCCGAGUGCAAUGAUGAUCCAACCUCAUACGGUGUUGACAUCGAAACAGAUUACAGUUGCGACGAGAGUGGGAACGUGUGUAAAUAUGCUGUACAUGUGCAUUCCGGUGGAGAUUUGUAUCAUUUACUGCCAAACUACAUUGUGCAUCGUAACGGUGUUCCUAUUAAGAUUCCAUACAGUGAUGGUGCCGUCACCAUUGAGUUUGUGGGCAUGUACACCAUUUUCAAUGGACUCAACGGUGCCCGAGUAUCAUUUGAUGGGGCAGCUAGUGUCUACAUGCAUAUGUCUGACUUCUACAGGGGCAGUCUUUGUGGUAUGUGCGGAAACUUUGAUCAUGAUGCAAGUAACGACCUGGUGAUGACGCCUAUGUACAGCCAUUCUGCCUCCUCUGAUGCAGAAUUUGGUAACAACAUGAAGACUGGUGAGAGAGAAGAUUGCCUUGAUGUUAGCCCAGAGCUAUCACACCCAUGUGCUAGACUUGCGUCUACUCCAUCCUUCAUUGAAUUGGCCAAAGAGCGGUGUGAUUACCUGUUGACAUCAACAUUUAGCGCUUGUCAUAGUGUCAUCGAUACAGAAGCAUACCACGGACUCUGUAUGUACCACAUGUGCUCAUGUAACUUUGAAGAAGGUGAGAUUUGCGAAUGUGACGCCAUUGCCCAGUAUUCCAGAGCUUGUGCUGCAAGAGGCGUAGUCCUCAAUUGGCGUAGUCCUGACUUCUGCAAUGCGCCAUGUACAAAUGGUAUGGUUCACAGUGAAUGUGGCUCAGCUUGUCCACGUGCUUGUGAGAAUGCUCAUUAUCCACCAGAAUGCCAGGACUACUGUGUUGACGGAUGUGUUUGUCCUGAAGGUUUUCUGUUUGACGGCGUGCAUUGUGUUGAGGUAGACGACUGCCCUUGUCUUCGUAGCAACGAACUCUAUCCAGUCGGGUCUAUGAUAGCAUCCGAAUGUAAGGAAUGUACGUGUUAUGGAGCAUCCUGGCAGUGUGAUACUCUUGACUGCCCCGGUAGAGGCUCACUUAUCGGUGAUGUCGCCUUUAGUACCUUUGACGGUGCAAGGUAUCGCUUACGUGGUAAUACACAGUACAUCUUGGUACAAUCAAAUGGUGCGGAUGUUCCAACAUUCUCAGUUUGGAUCGACAUGAGCAGUUGUAAAGAAUCAAUGGUCAGUGUCGAAUGUAUGGACUCCAUAUCUAUACAAGUUGGCUCCGACAGCACAUUGUUCAAGCUACAAAAAACUGGCAAACUUUCCCGUAAUGGUGAAGUAGUUGGAAUUCCUCACAACCACAUCAGUGAUCACCUUAUCCGUGUGAGACAUAUCUCAGAAUCAUUCAUCAGAAUUGAGACGGACAUUGGUGUUGAGGUUCUGUGGGAUGGUGCCGCUCAGUUGUAUGUCCGGCUAGAAUCGAAAUGGAAAGGACAUGUUGCCGGGCUUUUGGGUAACUACAACAGCAAACAAUCCGAUGACCAAACGACUCCCAAUGGUGUUAAUGAAAUACGAGUGUACAGAUUUGCCAAUGCUUGGAAAACCGACGGAUCUAGUUCAGAUCUGACAGAAGACAAUUACAAUUCUCUUGGCAUUUGUACAAUGACAUCAUCGUUAGAGCUUCAUGCACGAACUGUUUGUGAAAGUAUGUAUGAUGCACCAUUCAAGACUUGCAACCAAAUUCUUGAAGUUGAGCCGUUCAUUGAAACCUGUAUGCAGGCUGUGUGUGGCUGCAUGUCAACAUCACCGCAAGGUGAAAACUGUGAAUGCUUGGCUUAUUCUGCAUACGCGCACGAAUGCGCCCUCAGAGGAACAAUUCUUGAUUGGAGAAGUGACAACAUUUGUCCUAUUGAGUGCCCUGCUGGAAUGGACUAUCAAGAGUGUGGCCCUAGCUGUAAUGUUCGAUGUAGAGAGUACAGUGAGGAUUUCAAUUGCACGGAGGAAUGCAUUCAGGGCUGCCAGUGUUCUGAUAAUACGUGUAAAAGCUAUUGUGUUAAUCAGCAAUGGUAUUGUAUGGAAAUGCCAUGCCCAGCAAGUUGUAGGGCUUUUGGAGAUCCUCAUUAUGAGACGUUUGAUGGGAAACUUUAUGACUUCCAAGGUGACUGUGAAUAUGUACUAUCUGAGGACCUUUGUGGACAAGAAGAAACCGAGGGGACCUUUCGUGUGACAACUGAGAACGUACCGUGUGGUGUCUCUGGAGUAACAUGCACUAAGACAGUGCAUAUUGAAUUCAAAGGCGUGCAUGUUAACCUAGUGAAGGGUCAAGAACAGCCUGAAAUAAUUUACAAUGAUAUGCCAACAAGUACAGUGCAAGUUUUUAAAUCUGGUACCAGUUGGUACUUCAUCUCUAAUGACAGAAAGGUGAUGCUAAGUUGGGAUGAAGCAACUUCAGUUGAUCUCACCUUGCAACCUGACUAUGCUACCAAGGUUUGCGGUCUCUGUGGAAACUUUGAUGGUGAUUCUGGAAAUGAUUUUACCACUCGACAGGGAGAGAUCGAAUCUGCGGCUAACGUCUUCGGUGACACAUGGCGUGUGUUGACUAGCUGCCCAGCAACACCUGAAGAACCAGAUCCAUGCGAGGCCAACCCAGAGCGUCGCACAUGGUCUGAAUAUGGAUGCGGUAUCAUCAAGCAAUCCGUUUUUGCUCCUUGUCAUGAUGUGGUUGAUCCUGACUUCUAUUACAAAGCCUGUGUAAUGGAUACAUGCGGCUGUGAUAAGGGAGGAGAUUGCGAAUGUCUCUGUACUGUUGUUGCCGAAUACGCCAGAGUUUGUGCUGACAGAAACCAACUCAUUGAUUGGAGAUCUGAUGGAAAUUGUGGUAUUAUGUGUGAAAAUAACAAGGUAUAUGACCCAUGCGGUACACUGUGUGAACCAACGUGUUACGAUCCAAAUGCUGUUGAUAAUUGCGUGUCACUUAACGAAUUCAACCAAACUUGUUCCGAGGGUUGUCAUUGUCCAAAGGGGACUGUUUUGUUGGACGGUACAUGUAUCCCCGAGGAGGAAUGCGUUUGUGAAAAAGGUGGAUAUAUGAGAUGCUAUGGUCCAGGAUGCACAACACGUGUGACCACAGAGAAAGAACCAACCACUCUUGAGCCAACUACAUACAAGCCGACCACUCAUGAGCCAACGACACAGCAACCAACUACAGCAUGUUCAUGUCCACCAGAAUACCACAUGUGUGACUGCAAUAGCUGUAUUCCAAAUGAGAAUGUCUGCGACAAUGUGAUACACUGUCCAGAUGGUUCUGAUGAGAGGGAUUGUCCAUGUAUAGACAACGCCGGUGUGGCAAGAGAGCAUGAUGAGUGGUAUUGGGAGUCGCAAUGCAAACAUUGUCGUUGUAUAAAUGGAGAAACAGUCUGCAACAAAACAUGCACAGUAUUAUGUGAUCAGUCAUCAAUUCUCAAAACUUAUGAAGAUAAUGAAGAUAAAUGCUGUGAAUGUAUACCAGUGACAACAGUUGUAACCACCACUGUACAGACAACAUCAGAGCCUUGCAACUGCAACUGUAUUGGUAACUGUGAUGGCAGUGACACGUGCGAUCCACGUGCAGCAUGUGGCGCUCAUUGCAGUGCAUCUUGUGAAGAGGGUUACACAUGGAAUGGAGAGCAUUGUUUUAAGCCCCCUACUGGAUGUUCUUGCUACCACAAUGGCACAACUUAUGAGGAAGGGGCGGUAUGGGAAUAUGGAAAUUGCUACUCUUGUGUUUGCCGAGAAUAUAGGGCUGACUGUGAGCCUAGCUGUAACAUCAGGUCAUGUGAUGAAGGAUCUCAUCUUGUGGAAGGACUUGAAAACACUUGCUGUUAUUGCGAACCAAUCACUACCGUUGUAACAACAACUGUAACCACAACACAAAUUACAACUCCACAUCCUUGUCUUGAGGGUAUUGUGGAAUUGUCGAGCAAAGUAGAUCUGGAGUUUUCGAGUGUAUUGGAAUCACUACAACAAACACCUAACUUAGGUCAUUUUGACAGCUUAGCAUGGAGCCCUACUAGUAUUGAUGAGAGCCCGUUUUUUGAUUAUCAUUUGAGCAGUACGGAAAAUGUUAUCACAGGCUUGAAAAUCCGUGGUGACCUUAGCGGUGCACAUGUAACUUCUCUUACAAUUGGAGCUUACCAUGAUUUUGACCAAUUAUUUUUAAAGGCAUACAGUUUGGAAUAUUAUGACACUCCCAGUGGAGAGAACGAAGCAGAGUUGUCUUUUACACCACCAAUUCGUGGUGUCACUGAGUUAAAAAUUAUACCUGAAUUAUGGGAAAAAGCAAUUGCCGUACGAGCUCAACUGUAUGGGUGUGCACAGUUUUUCACAACGACUACUGAACAACCAACCACUACCACUGAACAACCAACCACCACUGAACAACCAACCACCACUGAACAACCAACCACUACUGAACAACCAACCACCAAGGAAUCAACCACAACUGAAAAAUCAACCACUGCAUUUUAUCCACCAACCACAGGAAAAAGGAAGGAAGAUAACCAAACAACUACAUCAAGAGUAUUCACUCCACCACCGCCGUCUACAACUGCUGAACAACCAACGACCACUGAACAACCAACGACCACUGAACAACCAACGACUACUGAACAACCAACUACUACAGAACAACCAACUACUACAGAAAUCAAGAAUCUGAAUCAAACUACUACACGCAAGGUUACUAAACUAUUUACACAAACUGAAGCGACCACAGAGAGACUAACCACAAAUCCUUGUGAUGAGGCCAUCGGUAUGGAGAGUGGCUACAUUCCUGACAGUGCCAUUGAGUACUCAUCCAAUUUAGGUGGAGCUGGACGAUUCAGACACGAAGGCUCGUGGUUGCCUGUACCAGAAGACACUCUUCGUUUUGUUUCAGUGUCUUUCCCUGUUGUGGUCGAGGUCACAGGUGUAAUUUUUCAAAAGGGCCUAAGUGGUUAUGUCCGUGAGUUUACUGUCUUCUAUAUUGAUGCAAAUGAUGAACUCCUUUCCAUUUUGGACGAUGAUCAAAAUGAUAAGGUUUUCAAUCCUGAGUACAGUAAUGACGGUAUUGCUGAAGUUGAAUUUCCAGAAAUGCUAAAUCUUAGACGUAUUACCAUCAAAGUAGGAGCAUUUGAAGACGCCGUCGAUCUUCGCUUUGAGCUUAUUGGCUGUCCAUAUGAGAACCCAACAACUACUGAAUAUCCAUCAACAACAAUGCCGGUAACAACCGAGCAACUGACAACCACAACAAAGGUAACUACGAGACGAUAUACACCAACAGAACAUCCAACAACGACGAAACCGACAACAACUGAGCAACCAACAGUAACAACAGAAAAACCACGAUGCGUCAGGCAAUGUGAAGACGGCACCAUGAUUCCAAAUGACAGUCUGAUCUGUAAUGGAGUCUGGAAUUGUCCUGAUGGCGCAGAUGAACAAAAUUGUGGAGGUUCGGAAACAACUACAAUAGCAUCUACUACUGCUAAUAUUCCACAAACAACCAAGUACCCUCGUUGUCCAGCAACAUGUGACUACGAAGUCACAUGCCAGGAGAUUGGUGAUAUGGUAUCUGGCCAAAGCUGGAACCAAAAUUUAAACAUACUACCAAGAUUUGAAUGCUUCAAUAGUUAUCAAUGUAGUUGUGUCGCUGGUGCUGAGCGUGAUUCUCCAAACAACCCAAAUUUUUCAGUUCUCAUUGGAUUUAAUUCUGGUAAUACAGGAUUAUGUGUUAGUCGUGAAGAGACGGACUGCGGAGGAAAUUGUAUAUUAGAUGCUGACACCAUUAUUGAUGAAGGAAAUACUGUCACACGCAAUGAGUGCGAAGUUUGCGAAUGUGUGUAUGAUGCUAAUGUUGACAAACUUGUUGCCCAGUGCAGCAAGCAGUGUGAUUUAACAAAGAAAGACUGCUCUCAGCAAGGAAUGGUUUUGUAUGCGCCUGUGGGAGAAUGUUGCAGAUGUGUUGAACAACAAGCAACCGAGCCACCAUUUACAGGCGCCUCGACUACGGCAAAUACUGGUGCCUCGACUACAGCUAAUUUUCCACAAACAACCAUGUAUUAUCCCUCUAUGUGUGUACGUAAUAACCAGACAUACGCCGAAGGUGAAUAUUACGUUGCUGCAUGUCAGCAGUGCACUUGUGUGGAGAAAAGCACCAAUAACUAUGCUUGGUCAUGCCAGACGCUCCUAGGCUGUUCUAACGAACCAUGUGUAGAGGGAACUAAACUGGAGAUUGUGGACAACUGCAAAACAUGUAAAUGUAAUCCAUUAACGAGAAUGUAUGAUCUAGACUGUGUUGACAAUUGCGACCUUACUUGUAACGAGAAUGAAGAGUUGGUAAGAGGGGAAGACUUUUGUUGCUAUUGCAAUUCUGAAACAACAACACAAGCACCAGUUGCUUCUACUACUGCUAAUGUUCCACGAACAACCAAGUAUCCUCGUUGUUCAGCAACAUGUGACUACGAAGUCACAUGCCAGGAGAUUGGUGAGAUGGUAUCUGGCCAAAGCUGGAACCAAAAUUUAAACAUACUACCAAGAUUUGAAUGCUUCAAUAAUAAUCAAUGUAGUUGUGCCCCUGGUGCUGAGCGUGAUGCUCCAAACAACCCAAAUUUUUCAGCUCUCAUUGGAUUUAGUUCUGGUAAUACAGGACUGUGUGUUAGUCGUGAAGAGACGGACUGCGGAGGAAAUUGUAUAUUAGAUGCUGAAACCAUUAUUGAUGAAGGAAAUACCGUCGCACGCAAUGAGUGCGAAAUUUGCGAAUGUGUGUAUGAUGAUGCUGUUGAACGACUUGUUGCCCAGUGCAGCAAGCAGUGUGACUUAACAAAAGCAGACUGCUCUGAGGAAGGAAUGGUUUUGUAUAAUCCUGAAGGAGAAUGUUGUAGAUGUGUGAAGGAACAAGCAACAGAACCACCAUUUUUUACAGGUUCUGAAACAACAACAUCAAAAACAGCUUCGACUACUGCUAAUGUUCCACAAACAACCAAGUAUUUUCCUCCCAUGUGUGUACGUAACAACCAGACAUACACUGAAGGAGAAUCUUACACUGCUUCUUGUCAACAGUGCACUUGUGUGGAGAUAGGCAAAAACAAUUAUGCUUGGUCAUGUAAGGCGCUCCUAGGCUGUUCUAACGAGCCAUGUGUGGAGGGAACUGAAAAGGAAAUUGAGGGCAAUUGCAAAACAUGUAGAUGUAAUCCAGUAACAAGGAUGUAUGAUGUUGAAUGCGUGGACAAUUGUAACCUUCAAUGCAGAGAGGUAUCGGAACACUUACAUGAAUUAUCACAGUCUAUUUAUUAA